AUGCUGUCGACCGCUCUUCUCAAUUUCAUACAAGGGAAGAAACCGUGGAAAGCCUUUCAUAUGGCGACAAUGUUCAAAGCUGAAGUCGCUAACUUAUUUGCUGAUCUAUCUGUAUUGCUAAUCUCAUCUCUCCUUACCAAAAGGAACCAGAGCAUUUGCUUUGCUAUACCACCAGGAGAUUCUAUCGAGGUGUUCAUGGAUGUGCCACUCUCCAUAUAUAUAAGCGUGCACGAGGUGGGAAAAUCAAAGGUUUCACGGGAGUUUGACUAUCCUUAA